UAUUAAUUUCAUAAUGAGAUCAAAUCCUCGUUCAUAAUCAAAAAAAGAAUCGAAGACUGUUUAAUAACCUUCUCCUCCACCUCCUCCACCUCCUCCAAAAAAACCAGAAGAAAAAUAAUUCAAUCCAGAUAUAUAUGUUAAAUAAAAUUUAAGUCGAGAUGAAGUUAUUGAAUUGAAGGUUAUUAAAUAUAAAAAUUUAUUUUUUUAGAAAGCUUUUGAUCUCUUCGAUGAUGAUGGAAGUGGUACAAUAGAUCCAGCUGAAUUAAAGGGAGCUUUUGAAGAAUUAGGGCUUAGAGCUCAAAAUAAAAUGAUUUAUUAAGUUUUAGGAGAAAUUGAUUAAGAUAACUAAGGAGGAUUUUCAUUUGACAAUUUUAUUAAACUAGCUACAGCUAAAUAAAACUUAAAAGAAACAAGAGGUUCUUUGAUGAGAACUUUUAAUUUAUUUGAUCUUAAUCGUGAAGGUUAUAAUAUUGAGUAAUUAUAGGUAGAAUUACAUGGGAUGAAUUGAAAAGAGUCUCAGCUGAUUUAGGAGAUGAUUUGAGUGAUGAAGAAAUUAAAAAGAUUUUUAGAAAAGCUGAUCUAAAUGAUGAUGGUUUUGUAACAUUUGAUGAUUUCUAUAAUAUGAUGACAGGAAGAGUCUAUUAUGAUUGAACGAA